GUUCUUCUCUCCUCUCCCCGGUCCAAACCCGCUUUGAUUGUGCUGGCAACCUUCUGUCAAGAUAUGAGCUGAUUACACUCUGGUCCUGAAUGUUAGUUCGUCCGCCACGUUUUCUGCGUUCCCGCGUCGGCGCUGGAUUGCCAUCCUGUGUUCCGCAGCACAGGCUCCGCCUCGGGCGACGGAGAGGAGCUCAGGACACUGCUCCCUUUGGCGACAAUGCACCGCUUUCGAAUACGUCGUCCUCCGCGGAGCUUGAUGCUGCUCGCGGUGAUCUGAAACAGCCGAACGCCCGCUAUGCGAUUACCCCGGAGAACAAUCGGCAACACCCCUCCAAUAUUCUCUCCGCUUAUGGUUUGACCGUUGGCCGAUCUGCAGGAAAUGGCCUGCUUCGUGGCCAGCACUUGAUGAGUCGGAGGCCCUUUUCACCGCUGUCUUUAGGGGCUGGAGUUCGCCACCUAAGUUCAUCAUCCGUAUCCGACAACCACACUGCAGUCCCCGCGGUGCAGUCGGAUUGGGCCCAUGCGCGUGGUUUGCCCGAGCCAGUCAACCGAUCUAUCAGCUCAAGUUUCACUUUUGAGAGGCCUUUGAAAAAAUUGCCCUAUAAUUGGACAGUGAAGGCCCAGGAUGAUCAUGUACGGUCGAGACAAUAUAAUUACCCUGGAAGGGGGAUUCGAGAAUGGAGAUUGGCCAACAGAGAGCUGUACCAGGCUAGAUGGGAUGGGAGAGAAAUGAAGGAAGAAUUCGUUCAAUAUAGGCUGGAUGACACAGAUAAGCAACUACUCAAAGGCCUCGAACACGACAGUUGGAAAACGUUCAUGGAGCAGUGGACUUCUCUCCCCUAUAGGGAACGAGCGAUUCGCUGGGAACGACUGUCGCUGUGGCUAUUAUGGAACUCUCCAGUACUAACCUUGGAAUUUCUCUUGGUCACCUGUCAUCCUUCCCGGAAGUACAGACCGGUUUUUGCAAUGGUUGCGGAUUGUCUGAUCUAUCUCAACGACCUGCAUCGUGCCGAGGUGGAACGAUGGACAAACGGUAUCCACGAUUUUCGGGCUGUCAUCAGUCGUUGCUUGAGACAUACACAGUGGCCUCUCGCCUAUGUACCGCAAAGAGGUGUCCGUCUUUAUAUCCGGACGGUAGACCAGAUAUUCGUCUAUAAAGCCUGGAAAAGUGUGUGCUACAGCGGCCAUAAACUUAAGGGCGAGACCUUCCUUGCUUUUAUGGCCCGCUUCACAGAAUUUGGGGACAUUGACAACGCAAUCCGGGCGCUGGAGCUCGCAAGGAGGUCGUUCAGACACCUGCAAAUCGAUCCGAUGAAUGUCAUGGUUUCACGCCAUUGCAGCAAGCUCUUAACACUAGACUCGGUUGAGGACACCGAAUCAGGGGAACGCAAUUUCCGCAUCCUUCCCACUCUCCUCAAAAUGGGGAUCCGACCCGAUCGAGACAUGAUGAAUGUGGUUCUGUCCAACGCUCUUAAGACGGGGGAUCCUCAUCUGGGUGUUGACAUGCUGCGCUAUAUGAAGGCUGAAGGCUUCGAGUUGGACUCGUACACUUAUUUGGCUUUACUGCACGAUGCAGUCACUCGUCUCGACCAAGAGCGGCUUGCGCACUUGAUAGAGGAGCUCGCAGCCCGGCCGGAGCUCAAGAAAAGCCCUUAUAUCGCGAGCAAGCUUAUGCAUGCCCACUUUGUUUUCAACGUGAAGAGUCUUGAUACCGCAGCAAAUCGCCGUGAGCUUUUCUACUCUCUGUUGAAUAUGUAUCACGAGCUGCAUGACAUCACGCCGUUGAAGGAUCUCUCGAUCGUGCCUUAUGAAUACCAUCUUUCAGCAAGCGGCGAAAAGACUCCUCCCUCCGCCAUUGCCCUGUAUCUCAUGAUUGCGACUUGGCUCCGGUGCCAAACCCAGGUGGCCAAUGUCGACCGUGUAUAUUCCAAGUUCCGGGAACUGGUGAAGCAAGGCCACACCGAUGUCGCUCCACUCGCCACGACCGACCAUGUCUACAACGAGUUCAUGCUGGCGUAUCGAAAGAAUCCUCACGGGCUCCGACCGGCUUGCCGCGUCAUGGAAGACAUGCUACACUCCGCCAAUACCGGCAGCUCCGAGGCGACCAUUACCCACACCUUGCCAACGGUCCGGACGUGGACGCUGUUGUUGAGUGCCUUUAUCUUCAACAACCAACCACUUGCCGCGGAGAGGGUGAAAGAAAUGAUGGCUAACCACGGGGUGGAGUACGACAUGAGUACGUGGAAUGUAAUUAUUAGCGGGUUGGCGGCCCAGCAAGAUACAGCGGGAAUUGCGCAGUCCAUCAAGGAACUUGAAGCUCAAGGCUUCGCUGUGGAUGCCUAUACGAUGAAGGCCCUGGGCUAUCUUCGAGACCCGGAGCAGCUCUGGACUGCGAUGGAGAAAAUGGACUUGAAACCCAUGUCUUUGACGCCUGAGGACCCUCUGCAACCCGCUCCUACCCAUCUUCCACCGAAUGAGACGGACGAGGAGCAACCCACCCCUUCCUCUAUCCUGUUAGACGAGCUGGAAGAUGAGCAGCUGCUAGACCGAGGCCUGCAGCGUCUAAAGGCCAACGCAUGAGAUACCCUUCCAUCUGUUUUCCGUGUGUUUCUUUUCUUCCCUUGCAUCUCUAGCGCUGUCAUGUAAAUACGGUGGUUUUGGAUCAAAUCCAGUCGAGCAUUGGUGUCCGGAUAGUGUAAGAUUUUAUGUACGAUAUACAGAUCAAUAAUCAUGAGGGGCCCCUGCAACAGA